AUGUCUGGGAAGAGAAAGUCGUUGAAAAACAACUCUGGUGAUAAUGAAGAGACGAAUGAAAACUAUCUUCUAUCACUGAUCAAGAAUGAGCUAGGGAAACUUUCCAAUUCCUUGAAUGCUAAGUUGACCGUCUUGGAGCAGUCGAUCGACAGUAUACGAGAGGGACAAAGUAGCAUUGUCAACUCGCUGUCGUUCCUCAACGAGAAAUUUGAGGAAAUGAAGUUGAAGGCCGAGAAGAUAGAAAAGGAAAACAGAGAACUGAAGGAACAAAACAUCUGUCUUCAGAAGAGAUUCAGUGAGUUGACCUUCCAGCUUAACGAACUUGACCAGUACCACAGAAGAGUCAACUUGGAGGUGGCAGGUGUACCAGAACGACAGGGCGAGGUUCCUGAAAGAAUCGUACUUAAUAUCGCGAAACACAGCCCUGAGCUUGCAGCAUCCGACUUCGAUGUGGUUCAUCGGCUGGGUUCCAAACGCCAAGCUGAUAACAAAGCCCGCCCAAUCAUCGUGCGAUUCACCACAAGACGAGCUCGGAACAUCAUGUACGAUGGGAGAAGGAAGCUGAAGACUCUCUCCACAAAGGAUCUUGGAUACAACAGCGAUGGCAAGAUCUACCUCAAUGAAAACUUGAUCGCUUCCACUAAGGAGCUAAUGAAAGAUGUCAACAAGGCCCGCCGAGAUGCCGGAUACAAGUUCCUGUGGACCCAGAAUGGCCGAAUCUAUGUAAGGAAGGAUGAGAAGUGUCAACCCAUCAUCAUUCAUUCCAGAGAGGACUUUUCUAAGCUGUAG